UUCAGUUGACUGAGAAUCCGCAGUAGCGAGCAGAUUCGCAGUCUAUCAACAUACAGAAAAUAUCAUUUUCAUACAAAAACGGGCUGGAGUCACUGGAGCUCAGUUCCAGCAGUUUAGUGUCUGCAGAUGCUCAGCUGAUGUUGACUAACUCUACACAGACACCUACUGACUACUGACCCAAGAGCGCUGGAGAGAACAGCCCAGCAGAGAACCAAAAUGAGGAAGAAGAAAGGCACGUGUGCAUUCUUCUGGCAAACAUGGAGGGCUGUAAAGCGUACAGUCCUUUAUUGCUACAGGGGCAACAAAGUAGACCCAGAGCCAUUCAGCGUCAAGCCAGUAGCUCAGCAAGAUCAAGCCAAUCCUCAGCCAGGUCUAUCCAGCCUCGACUUAGUGUUAACGACUGACCCUUGUCCAUCUGGUCUUAAGUCUGAGUCAACAACUGUCCCAGGUGCACCCAGUGUCGAGAUGACACGUAACACCGAUCCAGCUGAUCCUGAGCCUUCUUCUGUCUCGGGACCAUCCAGUCUCCAGCUGACACCUGACAGCGAUCCAACCAGUCCUGAUUCAUUACCUGUGCCAGCUCCAUCCGGCCUUGAACCAAUGGCUCCCCAAGAUCUGGCUGAUCCCCAGACAGGUGCAUUCAAUCUUGAGCUGACACUUCAUACCGAUCUGGUUGAUUCUCAGCAGGUGAAUGUCUCACCUCAGUCCAAUCUUGAGCUGACACCUGAUCCUGAUCCUGAUCCUGAUCCCGAGCCUGAACCUGUCCCAGGUCCAUCUGGCCUUCAUACCGAGUUAACAUCACAUCCGGGUCCAUAUGGUUUCGGUCCAGCUGUCGGAUCAUUUUUCUCCCUUUAUGAUGUGGGAGUAUCGCUGGGAUCGGGAAAUUUUGGCACGGUGUAUGAAGGGACUCGUAGAUCUGAUGGCCAGAAGGUUGCCAUCAAAUUGUUAACCAAGUCAGUGCAGGACUGCUUUAUUUCUAUUCCUGGGUGUACCAGACCUCUACUUGUGGAAGUGGCUCUAAAUCUGGUGGUGCGAGAGCCUCCCAAAAGCCCCUACAUCGUCCAAAUGUAUGAGUGGUUUGAGCAGCAUUAUCGGUAUAUCUUGACUUUGGAAUAUCCACAUCCAUGUGAGACCUUGCUCAGCUUCACCUUGAGCAACGGAGGUUACCUUGAAGAAACUGUGGCACGCGGUUUAAUGCGUCAAGCGGUGCUCGCAGCCAAACACUGUCUUGACCGGGGUGUCUUUCAUCGUGACAUCAAGUCAGACAACAUCCUGGUCAACACAGAGACACUUCAGCUCAAAUUAAUAGACUUUGGCUGUGGCAAACUUUUCGAAACUUCUGACUAUGAAGAGUACACAGAGUGCCCAGCGGUCAAAGCUACGGUCAAGUCACUGGGUGUUUUGCUGUUCAGAAUGGUGAAUGGAAUCAGCUUUGUCGAUGUGCAGAUGAUUCCCUCCUCCACGUUAUCCAGUGAAUGCUGUGAUCUGCUAAACCAGUGCAAGAGCAGCAGCCUGACUUUAGACAAGCUCUUAGAACAUGAAUGGUUUAGGAAGAGCUGA